AUGCUUUACUCACCAGAACAGGAAGCCCGAUUCUUUCUCAUCUGGUGUCAUGGCACUGCAGAAGACAUUGGUACCAGGCAUAUGACAUUCGUUACAUUGAGUCGACAGCUUCAGACACAUAUAUUAGUUUUCGAAUAUCCAUCGUAUGGUUUAUCGAAUGGAGUAGUAUCAUCACCCAGUGAAGCAUCAAUUAAUGAUCGUGCUCAACGUGUUUAUUUGUUCAUUUGCCAUACAAUUAAAUGGCCAACUGAUCGAAUCAUAAUUUAUGGUCAUUCACUAGGCAGUGGUCCUGCAUGUCAUCUUGCAUCGACACAAUCAGUUGGUGGACUUAUUCUUCAAUCUCCAUAUACAUCAAUUAAGAAUUUAGUUCGAGAAGCAGUUGGUAGCUAUUCAAAUUUACUUUGGGUGUCAUAUUGGGAUAAUAAUGAAGCAAUGCAACACAUUACAUGUCCAACACUUUUUAUACAUGGACAACGUGAUGGUUUGAUUCGAUUCGAACAUUCUCAAAUAUUAUUCAAUUUAUUCAAUCACACUAACCAAAAGGAACUCGUAUUGUUACCGAACGAUGAUCAUAAUUCGAUAUCCAUAACAGUCAUUCUAAUGCAUACGAAAGCGUUUCUCAAUAAAUAUUUUCAAUCAAUAACAGAACCAAUGCCUGAAGUGAAAAUUAAUCAAGGUUUUCGUCAGCCAUACUGA